AUGCCCAUCUUCGGACCUUUAUUUAUUUUGUAUUAUACCUCACUGAGAGGCCAAAGUUUAGGGAUUAUUCGCUAAGGGAAUUUCUUGUAUCAUAUAACAGGCAGCAGCGGUGGCCGCAGUAGUAGACUCUUCGGUCUCCUGAUCAGUCGCCGUGCGCUGUGCGGGUUCGAGUCCCGUCCCAGGAGAAAUUUUUCUCUUGGCUAUGGAUGUUGUGAUUGUACCACCCGGCGGUUCUCGUAGGCGGAGCCAGAAUGUGUGCAUGUUGCAUGCACACGUGUUCCCUCGCCAGAGUCCGUGUGGCGUCCCCCCUUUUCCCAUGUAUCCCCCUAUAGCCCCAC